GCGGCGCGGGAGCCUGGCGGGCCUGGGCUGCGGGAGCUACGGCGGGCGGGAGCCCGGGGCCCGUGUCGUCACAAGGCGGCGGUAGCCGCCGGCCCGGCGGGCAGCGGGGCAGGCAGAAGGUGGCGGGCGGUCUUGCCUCCCGGUAAUCUGUCUUCUCCCGGCGUCUCUUCUGCAGAAGGAGCACCAUGUCCGCGGAAGUCCCCGAGGCAGCGUCUGCGGAGGAGCAAAAGGAAAUGGAAGAUAAAGUAACUAGUCCAGAGAAAGCUGAAGAAGCAAAGUUAAAGGCAAGGUAUCCUCACUUGGGACAAAAGCCUGGAGGGUCUGAUUUUUUAAGGAAAAGAUUGCAGAAAGGGCAAAAGUAUUUUGAUUCUGGGGACUACAACAUGGCAAAAGCAAAGAUGAAGAACAAGCAGCUUCCUGCUGCAGCCCCGGAUAAGACAGAGGUCACUGGUGACCACAUUCCCACUCCACAGGACCUCCCUCAGCGGAAACCGUCCCUGGUUGCUAGCAAGCUGGCUGGCUGAUUAAAGAGCUGAACUGCAUGAGUCCUCUACUGUCCUUUAUUUCUCUGACUACGUUACUUACCCACUUGUGUUCCCUUCACUCACUGUCGUUGGAGACUGACAGCUUUGCAGGUAGUGGUAGUGUGUGCUACUGUUGUAAGGGAGCAUACAUGUGUAGAGGUUUGGAUUAGUUUCACAGUGCACUGAUGCAAAGGACAUGUAACAGCAACAUAAGUAAAUGACGUGACAAUAAUUGUACACAUUACCUAGCUGGUGUAGGGCUGGCUCCAACAAGUAGCAAGCAAGUUUUACAGCUUUAAUGCUCUGGCUUUCUUUACUUUCUCAUGAUUACAGCUUUGUAUGUUACUCUUAUUUAACAGGACCUCUGUUGUAUUGAUUUCUUCUGUAUCUUCCUUUUGAAUCUUGUAAGACAGAAGUUUAAGACCACGAGUUGGAAGACAAGUCACAUAAUCCAAACACAAGUAAAUGGCUGCAAAAGAUUUGAGUAACUGCUUGGACUUGACGGCCUUAAACCUGCUGUUCCAGCUUUAACAAGAGCAUCUUACCUGGGCGAUAUUUGCCCGUUCUGGUGUGACUUGUGUGACUCCAAUGCUUACCAGCUGUCACUGAAACUAGUGCUCUUCCUCAUUCUGCAGUGUGUGGAGACAGCUUUCUUUGUUGAAGAUGUGAAUGGGUGUGCAUGUGCACUGACUAUUGCAUUCACUUUUGUGCCAUUUUUGUAAAUACAAUAGUUUUGCACAACCUUUUACAAAUGUCUGUAUUAAUUUCACCGUAUUAGAAAGUAGAUAAUGUGCCAACCAGAAGCACAAAAAUUCCUACACAAAUCUGCCUGCCAUUACUGCUUUUGUAUAAGAAUAGUUUACAAUCUUGAGCAUAUUAGAAUACCAAACUGAAAUAUACUCAGCCUGCUACAGAGUUAAGCUUUUUCAUUUAUUACUAAUAUUCAUGACUUUCAGUGGCCUUGUACAAAUAUGAUAUGUUGCUUAGGCAUAUCUUUUGUUCUAUGCAGAACAUUUCAUUUUGACUUUUACAAAAAAAUUACAAUUCAUAUAAUUUAUAUAAACUUUCUUAGUGUAGAAACUUUUUACUUCCACAUUCAGCUUUGGGGAUACUAAAGUAUAACACUUGCAUCCUCUGUCUUCUGUUAUCUUCUCAGCCCCUGCCUUCUCUUUACUUGGCUUCUGUGACUCGUAUUGGUUUAUCUCAUUUAUAUAAAAGCGUAUGUGUCUAUCUUUACUUUUUAAGCUUGCUUAAAUAAAAGAAUUUUUGUGAGGGUUUUUUGUUAUGCUGAGAAUCAAACCUCUGUCUCACAUGUGCUUAGCAAGCACUGUACCACAGAACUACACUCUUAUUCCUAAGGGAACUUUAUAAUGAAGUGAGGAGUUGAAAAGACUUAUCCAGAAUUAGCUAGAUUCUGUUAAAUAAUUAGGAGGAACUAGGUGAGUAGGGCUAAUAAUUACAGUGAUUUAUGUGGUAGGUAAGACAUUCAUAUUAGAAUAUUUAGGUAUCUCCUAUACAUGUCAUUUUAAUAAAAUAUCAAUUUACUUGUGGUUUAUGUAUUAGUGGAAACAUUAGUAGACUUUAUUCGGACACAUUUAUUAUUAGAGCUCUCCCCGGGAUGUCAGGCUACGGCAUAUUGAACAGUAGCAGCCGGAGCUGAUACAGUUUUUCCUCUUCAUCUUGGGCUAGAGUGAGGCCUCCUCCCCUAUGGAAUACAGGCAUCAUUUGUAUCAUGACUACAUUUGUGCACCUGCUUUCCUGUGGUUCCACACUAGUGAUUGAUCCUGUUCCACUCAAUGUGAGGCAGAAAAGCAACAUAAUUUACACUCCACAUUGCCAAUUUUAGAGCUCAAUUCUAUGUAAAUAUAUUUGUAAUGAGCAAACGAAUUAUUCCAUAAUAUGUGCAAUUCAUCAUAAGAUUGCUAGAUAGCUUUUUCCCCCCUGUGGAUAUUUGCAAGCCCAUCCCCAUUGAGUUCAGUAGAUGAACCUGAGGUAAGAGUGACCAUGCUCUUCCUGAACAUCAGACUAACAGUCUACCAAGUGAGCAACACUUUUUUGCUUUGUAAAAUAGGACUCUGAUGUUUAACCUACCUCAAGACUUGAGGAUCUGUGAAAUACUAAGUGCCCCAAAUAUUACUAUCUUUUCAAAAGUCAAUUUCAUCACUAAACCAACCUGCCUUCUAUAAAGUAGCAGUGCUUAAAAUCUCAGGAUUUUCCACGAGGAAAGACCUGUAAGGAUUUGUACGUAUCACUACAUGGCUUCCAUUGGUGCUUGAGAGAGAGGUUUUACAUUUUCCUGGUUUUUGUUCUACUUCAAAGCUCAGUUGUAGAUACUUUUGCAGGCUCUUUGGUCAUGAUAUAGUGAAGAUUUUGAUGAAAUGAGCUUAAUUUCUGUGUUAAAGCUGUGUCUGAGGAAUGGCUAAUUUCAAUGUUAGAGUAAAUUGAGGUUGAUGAAAAUACUAAAGGCAAACUGGCUAAAACCUAAAUGUGUUUUGUUCAGUAGCUCAUAUAAGAAUCACCUUGAAGGUUACGUCUGACUAACAGUUGCACCUUGUGUCUAGUUGGAAUAGCAUUUGGAUAGAUUGGUGGGAAUAUGUUUGCAUUUCUACGGGUUGUUAGAGAAUCUUGUACUGCUGGUCUGAAGAUUGUUUAAAUGACUCAAGGCAGUCAUGACAAGGCCUCUAUUUGUUACUUCCACAGUUAGAAUUAGUUGUUCUUUUUACUUGAUGUAACCAAAGUAUACCUCUAAGUAUGUAUUGGUAGUCAUUACUAAGUCAGACUUGUAUUCUUGAUCUGAAUAUCACAGUCUUAUCAAAACUGAACUAUCAACCCAAACUCUGUAAACUUAUUGUUUGAUGGUCAGAAGCAGGUAGCCUCUGGGAAGAGCUAUUCUGAUGGUUACCAAGGCCCUGUCUGUGAGAGCUUCAUCAGAUCACCCAACCUUCAGACUCAUUACUUUUAUCGUGACCCAAUUCCCUCACCAUGUCCACCCCUGAAGCCCACUGUAAGCACUUCACUUACAUUUUCUAAAGCACCGUCUUGAUCUCAUUUGGCAUGAACUGCCAGCAACCCAAGACUCUUUCUCCAACUUGUCACUGCUACUUUUAGAAAUUGGGAUCACAACUUGUGGUGUCUCCUGUAUAGCUAAGUGAACUCUUACUAGUUCCAACCUUCAAAGGAGAUAGACCUUGAGUUUCAUCCUAUAAAUGACUGGUGGUGGUGACACGCAUAAAUGUAUGUUUGUAUGGUAUUUAUCAACUAAAUAGCAGUAGAAGUAGAGAUCUAACUCCUUUAGUAUCGUGCCCUCAAAUCUAUCAAUGCAUCUCCACCAUUUGAUAUGCAAUAGGACACUGCCUGUACGCAGAGGGCCAACAUAAAUGCCUUUUCUUGUUAAAGAUGUCUGUAGAGUUGGCAGUUAAUGCUAAAGUUUGUCAAAUAGCUCGUCCAAACUUACACUUGUAAAAUACACCCCGAAUAAAUGGAUCUACCUAAUUUUUAUUGAUUUUAA